AUGUUCCAGACCUCAUCGCAACGCGCUGCUUUCCUCACGUUUCUCUCUGAUAAUAGUCCAACCGCUCCUGAAUUGACAAAAGAAGACUUCUCGGCAUUAUCCAUGCUGUGGGACGCAUUACGACGAACAACCAUUGAAGAAGAUCAAACCAACCCCUCUUCUCAAAGUAUCAUCUCUCCUACAUUAUAUCCGGAUAAAAAAUCGCAAGAGCCUUCCAUUCGACUCAAGAGAAGACAGGUUGCCUCGAACGAGUCAACUCAAGAGAUCUCUCUUCCAAAUAAUUAUUUACAUUCAGCAGCUGAAAGUGUCCCCGAAACUCGCGCUAAUCAGUUUCGGGACGCCGAUCUGGUUAGCAAUCUACGGGAGGCCGCCCCCCUUAAUAACCUUGCGGAUGCGUCCCCAGAAAAAUCUGGGUCAGGAUCAACUGAUACAGAGCUAACUGACUCGGCCUUAUUGGGACCGGGUAAAUCAGCAAACCAGAGUGAAACUCAAGUCCCAAGUGGCAAAUCUCCAACUGGAGGACCACCGAAGGCGCCACCUAAAGCACAGGCACAGAAGACCCCACCCGGCUCAUCAUUGAUGGAAGAUCCAGGACUGAAAGGCCUAAUAAUAAUUGGCACAGCUGCUUUCAUAAUUUCGAUUUUUCUGUUAUUAAGAAAGAAAUUUGCCAGCAUACCCGAAUCCGAGAUUCCAAUGGCUUCCGAGAAACUAGGGGGACCUCCUAGCGUAGUCGGCUAUGGAGGGGAUGUUGACAUCUCAGGGCCGAUGGGGAAUAGUAAUGCUACUCAAGUCACUCGGGAAGCCAGGCCAGGAUACCAAGUCCCAAAGAUCGCAAGUAGUAAAGUUCCAGUGGCUCGACCUUCGGUACGAUCGCAGCCUAACACAGGGAAGCCAGUAUCGUUACCAUCAAGCGUCAAAAUAACAAAGCAGAGAACCAGAGUGGCAAGUUCCAAUCAAGGAAAAGACGGUCAACCCCAGAGGACGAGUCCAAGGCCCCGAGGCCGAGGUAAUAGCAAUACUCAAGCUUGA